AUGCCCACGAGCGCCGCGCCUCUCUGUGGCGCCUGCAGCGGCGGCGGCGCCAUGGCGGAGGGAUCAGGAGACUUGGCUCUGCCGCCCAUCAGCCCAAAGGGCGGCGCGGGCGACGAAGGGUCAUCUGGACGCAGCAGCAUCCUCGGGCGGCUCUUUG